UGUAUAUUUCAUUUCACAUAAACGUCUGCCAAACAAUAACGCACUAUUUGAACCAAAGGUGAAAAAAUACCGUACUGUGCAUACGUUUGUUGGAUUAUUUUGUUACUUUUUCCUUUCAUUUUGUUGCGUGAUUUCUUGAAAAAAAGUGAUUCAUCAAAAUGAAUUUAUUCGAAAUUACCCUCGACCAGCACAUGGACAUGAUAGAAUACGCUGGAAAUACGCUAGACAAACAUGAUUUAAUAGACAGUUCAGCACCCAGUUUAGUUGAAGUUACAGGCAUAAGUCAACAUCAUAUGGCUACUGCGAGUGGUCUUAGCGAAUAUGAUUAUCAAAAUUUAUCGAAUUUGACUUUGGGGUUGAAUAACCUUAAUCAACUGGAGUUAGUCAGCAAAAUUCCAAUUCCACCCGAAAUUAUGGAACAUUUCAGGAAUAUCAAAUGUCAUUGUAUGAUGGGGCUUUUUUCGGAAAUCGGACGGGCUUGGUUGACAAUUGACUCGGAUAUAUACAUUUGGAGUUAUGAACAUGGUCGUGAUGUUGCUUAUUACGAUGGACUGACUGAUUUAAUUGUUAGCGUUGGUUUAGUGAAACCAAAAGCCGGUGUAUUUGUAUCAGAUGUAAAAUAUCUACUAGUUUUAACGACGCCAGUUGAAAUUGUGAUUUUGGGCGUAACAUUCGGCGAUCAGACAAUUUCGUUGGGUUCAUCAAACCCAUACGAUGAGAUGCAAUUGAUGAACAAACCAAUUUUCAUUUUGAGCACAGACAAUGUUGCCAUCACCACAAUUGUUGGGACAGAUGAUUCACGUAUCUUUUUGGGUGGACGUGAUGGUAACUUAUAUGAAAUUUCAUAUCAAAACGAGCCAAGUUGGUUUGGCAAACGUUGCAAAAAAAUCAACCAUUCGCAAAGUGUUGUGUCCUACAUUGUUCCUGGAUUUCUGAAAUUCUUCUCGGAAGAUGAUUCGAUUGCGAAAAUUGUAGUCGACUCAACUCGACAAUUGCUGUAUGCAUUAACUGAAAAAGGUGCAAUUGAAGCUUGGUAUAUUGGUGCAGAUGUGAAUUCGAUUCGACGUAUUGCACGUAUCUCACAAAAUGAUAUCGUACAUCAAGCAAGCGCUGUUUUAAAAACCGUUGAUGCAACAGUAUUCAAACCAAUAGUAUCGAUAAGUGCCCUGAAAUCGCAAGACUGUUUGAAUUUACACUUAAUUGCAGUGACCCAGUCAGGUGUUCGAUUGUAUUUUUCAACAGUUUCAUUACUUGAUGUGUCCAAUGCACAACAAUUUGCGAAUUUACCAGGCGGCGAAAGACUUGGGGAUAAUACACAACCAAACAACUUGUAUUUGCAACAUGUUCGUUUACCACCAGGGUAUACAGCCACCGCAACGAGUGGAAAACCAAAACUUGUUCAUUCCUCAUACCAUAGCAAUGGCACAGUGUUGAUGGUGUCGUCUGCACAACAGGAUCAAGAUUUAUUGUGGUCAUUGAGUUCAGAGCCAUUUCCAAUGCGGCCAUAUUUAGCAGAAUCGUCAACUGUUUUACCAUUAGACGGACAGGUUUGGGCCAUUGCAGAGAUAAUAACGCCCAAUAAUGAAAAAUCCUUGAAUAUGCCAUUGAAAAAUGAUCGAACGAAUACAAAAAUUGUUCUACUUACAAACCAAGGAGCCUACAUUGUGGCGCUGAUAAAACCAAUGGGACUUCUCAUGCAACUUUUGACGGUGUGUCAUGGUCCACAUCAUGAUGCCAUUAAAAACUAUUUUCAAGUUCAGUCCGAAUCACAAGCUUGCUUAUCAGCUCUACUUAUUGCAUGCAUGGAAGCGUACAGAGGCACUGAAAUCGGUCUGUGGGCAACACAAGCAUUCAUUCUAUAUGGCGGUGAACCACAAUUAGCUAAUCGAAAUCAACUUUACAGCACAUUUAAUGAAACACAAGGUGGAAAUCCAAAUAUAAUGGUUUCAACACCAUAUCCAAUGGGACAACAGCAAAUGUCGGGUAUUGCAUUCAGCCCCAUAUCUAGGAAUUUGAGUGAAAGAACACAAACUCAACAACCGCAACCAUUUGCAGUCCAACAACAGCAAGACAUCAAAUAUUCGCCAAAACAUACUGGUCUAUAUCUGUACUUGAUUCGCUUGCUGCGUCCGAUUUGGAAGAAAAAGUGUAUUGUCUCCACUGAUGGCGUGUCGUCAUUGACACACGAGAAUUGUUCGGAAAUUUUACAUGAAUUGUAUGCACUGAAAGCCUUCCUUGAAGAUACGCCACUAAAUAAUUACUCAGAUAUUUCAUCGGCGAGUGCAAUAAACAGUGAAUAUGGCCAAACGUCAAUGAUGCAGCAAAAGAAUCCAUUGGAACAGGCCAUGGUUGAUGAUGAAAAACGUUCAAUAAAUGCAUUAUCGCUGUUCAUCAAACAUACGUGUGAAGUGAUUGCACUUUGGAAGAUUUUGUGUGAACAUCAAUUUAAUUUACUAUUCCAAGCAUUACCAAAGGAUGAACAAAUCUCACUGUCGGCCAGUACAUUUCGUGAUUUAAUACUUUCACGCACCGAUACAUGUUCUUUGUUUAUUGUCUCUUUGCUCAAUUCAUAUUUGAAUGACAAUUCAACAGUCAGCUCAAUUUCAUCCAAAUUACGCGAUGUUUGUUCUACACUGUACCGACACGAAGAUGCUGUUCUUUAUAAAGCAACCGAAAUUUUGAUGCUUUCCAAAUCAUGCGCCGAUGAGGAAGAACGACAAAAUAAUUUGUACAUGGCCUUACAAUUGUGUAAAGACGCAGCACCAGAUUUACCAUUGACAAAUAUUUGCCAACAAUUUACAGCGGCCAACUACUAUCAAGGUGUGAUUGAACUGUGUGCAGUUUGUGCAUCGAAGAAAGAUCCAAAUAAUGCUGCUUUACAUUUUUACAAUAACAACGAACCAAUUGAAGAUCAAGAAGGAUAUGCCGCUUACACUACACGAAUGAAUUAUUACAAAUCGAUCAAAGUAAUGCUUGAUCAAAUUUAUCACACACAAAGUAUACAAAAACAGAAUGCCCAACAAAAUCAACCAUUAUUGGCUCAAGUUGAUAAUACAUUGAACAACAAUGUUCUCGAAACAGUUGCUCUAGCAUUACAAACAUCAGAUCCCCUGCUUCAUGUUUCCAUUUAUGAAUGGCUUCUGUCCUACAACUUUCUUUCUGAGCUGCUUAACAUUUCGGAACCAACGUUGGGAGAGUUUUUGGUUCGUUCAGUACUCAAAUCACCACAAAACAUCAAAUUGGCCGAUUUGUUGUGGAAAUUCUAUGAGCGCAAUGGUCAACAUUCGGCUGCAACGAAAAUCUUAGUUAAAUUGGCAUCAUCACCAAACAGCGAACUACAAUUGACCGAACGAAUCGAAUAUUUGGCCCGAGCCGUCAUGUGCAUGCGAAGCGAAUCGAAUGGUUAUUCAGCCACUAAUGGAGUCACACUCAUCGAUAUCGAAGACAAAUUGGAAAUCGCACGUGUUCAAAAAAUGAUUCUCGAUGCACUGUCCGGUGUGAAUAAACACGAUGCACAAAAUGCGUGCCAAAAUCUUAACUAUCAAUUAUACGAUAUUAAUGAACUUUAUGCUGAUUUUGUUGAGCGCUUCGAUUUGAGCGAAUGUAAAUUGAAAAUUUUGCAUUGUUCACAUCACAACGAUCCGUUGUUGAUUGAAUCAGUUUGGACGGAAAUAAUCAAUAAAGAACUUGAAAACCCCGGAUCAAAUGAGGAGAAAAUGACACGUUUGCUACUAAAAAUGCAACUUCUUUCAAAGGAAUAUGGAACAGGUGGUCAUUGUUUCCCACUCGCAUUUUUGGUACACGAGAUAGAACUACGAGCUUGCAAAUUACGUUUGAGUCCAUCACCAGUUCCCGAAACGCUCAUCAAUUCAUUAAAUAUUGACGCUGAUUUACUGCUCGACAUAUAUGCUCGAAUGAUUUCGGUUAACGAGAGAAUAUGGUUGAAUGAAGGAAAUGAAUGGCAUUUGGUUGAAUCAACAACACGUUUGGUAGACAUGUUGACGACACAAUCACAUUUGAUUCCAAUUCGUGGCAGAACUCGUAUUGUGGCUAAAGCUCAUGAAUUAAUAUCGGCAUGCCGCAAUCUACUUUAUCCAAAACCAAACACCGAAAUCAUGCAAAACAAACUCCAUGAAAUCGAAGCAAAGCUUAAACGAGUCUUAUACUAGACACACACACACACAUACAUACCUACAUAAAUUAACGUAUUUUUCGAGAUACAUUUUGUGUUUUAUAUUGCUUAAGAUAAAUGAAAUGGAAAUAAAGUAAUUGAUUUUUUUUUCUAAAAAAACAAG